AUGUCCAAGAAGAAGAUAGAAUGCUAUAUCGAUUGCGUUUCACCGUACAGCUAUUUCGCAUUCGUCUUUUUGAAACAGAACCGAAGCUUGCUAGAAUCCUAUGGAUGUACUGUAGAAUUCAUCCCAGUGUUUCUUGGAGGCAUCAAUGUAGGCACCGGCAACAAACCACCAGGGACAGUCCCAGCCAAGUCACGAUACUCUCGCUAUGAUAUGAAGAGAGCACAAGCCUUCUUCGGCUUGAGCUUCACCACGCCUUCGUUCUUCCCGAUUCUUUCUCUCCUCCCACAACGCUGUCUUGUGUACGCCAAGGCGAACUACCCUCGUGAAGCCUACGAAAAUCUGUGGCGCAAAUGUUUCGAGGCCAUGUGGGAGCAACAUCUCGACCUCUCCGUCCCUGAGAACAUGCAUAAGACGAUCGAUCUCGCAUUUGACGGACCAAAGGACGUUCAAGCCAUACUAGCAUCGGCCAAAGAUCCGGCGAUCAAGCAGCAACUCUCUACCAACACCGAGCACGCCUUCCAGGAGCUCGGAGCCUUCGGAUGUCCGUGGCAUUGGGUAUACGAUGAGAAAGGGAAGGCAGAGCCCUUCUUUGGCAGCGAUCGAUAUCACUACAUCUGGGAUUGGCUGGCUUUGCCACAUUGUGGUAUGAAGUUGUUGGUGCCCGGCGCGGUGAAUUCCGCAGCAUCUCGUCUGUAG